UGGGAACAACAGUGCCUAAAAAUUAGGUUCGUUGUGAAGAUGAAGUGCAGCUGUGCACACAGACGGUGCUCACCAGGUUUUAGCUCAUAGCCUGGCAUACAGAUGGUGCUCAACAAGGGCCGUCGGUGCCCAGGACGUUCACAUACUCCGCUUCAGGCGGGUGUCUGAGUUAGCCGAAGAGCAUCACAUCUAUUUCCUGCUUUCAGGAGCAACUCAUUUAACAGAGACAUUAGCAGUGUGCCCCAGCCAGACAGCUUAAGCUCAACCCAUUUAUCAUCAAGUUGAAAACUAAGAGAUUGAUGGUAUUCACUCUGUACCCCAUGGUUCUGGGAUGAUACGGCCCGAGAGCCAAUGAUCACAAUGAAAGAAUGAACCGACUUUGCUCGGCUCUCCCAGGGCUGCCUGUGCACCACUGUGAGCCAUCCCCGCAGCCGAGGUAGGGUGCUAAGCUGCCAGGGGACUGCAGCAGAGGGCGAACAGCCUGAGUGGUGCCCUCAGCUCCUGAGCCUGCUAAGAAAAUAAAGACCUAGUCUCCCAACACGGCACCUUCUCCUGCUGCUCGCAGGGUGGGCCCCCUGCACCGCCGGCUGAUGCCCUGGAGGCUGCCCAGGCCCUGGGGAGCACCGUUGACAAGCCAGGGGGCAUGGCCCACAUGUGCAGCCUAUUAACUUCUUCCUCUCUUUCCUCUGGACCAGAUGAUAAGCCCUUCCUCCCUGUCCUGCCUCCUCCUCCUGCAGCUGGGCACCUGCUUCCCUCAACUGGGCAGAGAAGAGCCCACAGAUGCCACGGGUGGUAUCGGGGGCCAAGGGAGCGGGCCCAGCCAGGCUGGGGGCCACCAAAUCCGCCUCCCGAGGGGCUCCUCUCAGUGGCUGAGAGCGCCACACCCACAGGCCCUGCUUGUCAUGGCCAAGGAGCUGCAGAUGUCGGACCGAGAGCGUGCCGGCUUCAGGUUCCGGUUCGGGAGGCAGGAUGAUGACGGCAGCGAGGCCACUGGCUUCCUCCCAGCUGAUGGCGAGGCUGGCGGCCCGCUGGGGACCCUGGCUGAGGAGCUUAACGGCUACAGCAGGAAGAAAGGUGGCUUCAGCUUCCGCUUCGGCCGGCGGUGAAGAGGCCGGGGCGCCUUGAAAAGCUUCUCUCCUCGAUCCCACCCCCACCAUUUUCCACUCCAUUCUUCUCAAGCCUCAGAGACCAGGCCACUGAGACAGCAUGGGUGUUAUAAUGAAUUAUCAGCAGUAGGACUGG